AUGACUUCUCGUCCGCAUAUCGGUAUCGUCGGUGCAGGAAUUGGCGGGCUAGCUGCUGCAAUUGCAAUGAGCCAAGCUGGCGCCCAAGUCACUGUCUUGGAAGCAGCUCAAGGGCUAGGAGAAAUCGGAGCAGGAAUCCAGAUGACUCCAAAUGUUUCUGUGCUUCUUCAGAGAUGGGGCGUGGAUAAGAUCAUUGGAGAGAACUUGGUACAAUUUGAAGAAUUGAAUAUGCGGCGUAAAGAUGGUACUCCAGUCGGCUAUACCAAAAUCGACACCAUUGAACGGGAUCUCCAGCGACCAUGGUGGGUGGUUCAUCGGGCACAUCUCCAUGAGGGCUUGGCCACAGUAGCUGCAAAGGCCGGGGCCACGAUCAAGAUUGACUCACGCGUUGUCAAAAUUGACCACCAAGCCGAUGAAGUCAUUGUGACUACCCAGAAAGGGGAUUCAUACACUUUCAACCUCUGCGUCGGUGCGGAUGGAAUCAAUAGUGUUGUCCGUCGCACGUUAUUUCCAGAUGUCCAGCCGGAACCUCCAACCACCAACUGUGCAUACCGAGCUAUUGUGCCAUACGACCAAAUUCGCCAGGAUCCCGUUGCCAAGGAGCUCAUUGAAAAGCUAACCAUGGAGGUCUGGAUGGCCCCUGAGUCUUAUAUCAUCACGUAUCCAAUCUCAGCCGGCAAUAUGUUUAACUUAGUCCUUUCGCAUCAUCGCCCAGAAAAACUGCGUGCUACUCAAGAAGACGUGUCUAUCGAAGAAAUGCGGGAGGAAUACAAGGACUAUGAUCCACGUAUCAAGCGCAUUGUAGACAUGAUCCCGGAAGUCUCGCGCUGGCCACUGAUGGUAACUGGACCGUUGGAGUCUUGGUCAUCGCCCCAGAAAAACGUGGUACUCAUGGGCGAUGCCGCACAUUCCAUGGUGAACCACAUGGCGCAAGGGGCAGCCACUUCUAUGGAAGAUGGAGCUUUCCUCGCAAAGUGUAUCGAGGCUGUUGUUCAGGGGAAAAUUGGUGUUAAGGACGCCGUCAGUAUCUACGAGGCAGAGCGCAUGCCCAAAGCAUAUGCCAAACAGCAGGUGUCCUUUAUGAAUGGAGCGAUCUGGCAGUUGCCAGAUGGGCCGCUGCAGCAAGAGCGCGAUGCAGCAAUGGCGCCCGAGCUAGAAGGCACGUACUUUGUGCGCAGUAGCAACCUCUAUGGGGACCCACAGACUGUGCUGGACAUCUACGGAUAUGACGUUCAGGGACACGCUGAAGAUGCGGUACGCAAGUACUGUAACGGAGGCAAAGAGCUAUCUCACCCUGUGACCGGCGUCACCCCUUCGUUGCAGCGCAAGUAUAUGGACUGGUUCUUGCCAAGUCCGAGCAGACAAGCCGGGAAGUUGUGA